AUGGCCAGCAAGCCUUCACGCCGGGCGCAGCUUCGCGGAGCCGACGGCGCGUCCCCUAGUGAGGGCGCCGAGGGAGCAGCGCUUCCGCCUUCGCUGUUCGCCAAGGGCCCCUUCCCCUUCCGCGCUGCCCUCCUCGCCUCCGCCGCUCCCGACUCGCUUCCGCCAGGCCCUGGCGGGGCAACGCAGUCGGCGGGCGUCGAGACGCCGGCGCAGCGCCGCCAAGCAGCCGCUCCGCCGUCGGACGGCGGUCGGACUGAAGCCGCCCAGUGCGCGGAGGGCGCGGAGGAGAGGGGCGCGAGUGACGGCAGCAAGGGCUUGGGCGGGCCGAGGCGAGGGCUGACGUGUUGGAGUUGCGGGGAGACGUUUGAUGACGUGGCGGAGCAGCGCGCGCACUUCAAGAGCGACUGGCACCGCCUCAACGUCAAGCGCCGGGCAUGUGGGCGCGCAGCGCUGUCGGAGGAGGCCUUUGCGGCGCUGCUGGACGCCAGGCGCGCGGGGGAAGGGGGGGGGAAUGGGGGGAGGAGCCGGGGCACGCAGGGCAGUGCGGAUGCCGGCGCUGCUGUGAGUGGCGGGGCGGGCGGGACAGCAGAGGAGCGGGGAGAGGGGGGGGAAGACGACGAUGACUGGUCGAGCAUUUCAGGGUCGGAGGACGAGCAGGGAGGGGAGGACGCGGACGAGGGGCAGCAGCAGCAGGGGGAGGGGAAGGUGGCAGGGGCAGGGCGGGGGGCGAAGGUGCACUUCGUGCUGCCCCACACGGGCGUCACUUUCGCCCUCUGGCGCACGCUCUUCCCCCCAGGUGCGCUCUUCCCCCCAGGUGCGCUCUUCCCCCCAGGUGCGCUCUUCCCCCCAGGUGCGCUCUUCCCCCCAGGUGUGUGCUUCCCCCCACUCUGCUCACCUCCCCAUUGUUCCCUGCUGUGCACUGCUCACUCUUCCCCCUGCCUGCCCAUUCCCCCCGCACUCCUCCCCUUCCCGCUGCUCGCCUCUGCCGCCCUGCCCCUGCCAGAGGAGGGCGCAGAUCUGCUGCAGGCGCUGGUGGCGCUGGGGGAGGGCGCAGGGGCGGCGCAUGGGGGAGCAUUCAGAGGAGGGGGGGACGGAAGCGCGGAGGCUGGGGAAACGGAUGGGGGAAGGAGCAAGAGGGGUGGGGGGGUGGAGUCAGCGAGGGGCAAGGCAGGCGGGGGUGCAGCACAGGUGCAGGCGGGGAGAGGAGGCACGCUGGUGGCGAAGUCGGGGGGUCAGGAGAGGGGCGGCGGGGGGCAAGGCGGGGAGCGCGUGUGGGUGGUGGUGCUGAGCUCGGGGGGGCACUUCGCGGGCGUGGUGGUGGACGCCGCCUCCCACGGCGCCGUGCUCGCCCACCGCUCCUUCCACCGGUGCGUGGCCUGGGGGGAGCAGGCGGAAUGCAGGAGGAGGAGAGAUGGGAAAGUGUGUGUGGCACACAUGCAUGGGUGGUGGGGCACACAUGCAUGGGUGGUGGGGCACACAUGCAUGGGUGGUGGGGCACACAUGCAUGGGUGGUGGGGCACACAUGCAUGGGUGGUGGGACACACAUGCAUGGGUGGUGGGGCACACAUGCAUGGGUGGUGGGGCACACAUGCAUGGGUGGUGGGGCACACAUGCAUGGGUGGUGGGGCACACAUGCAUGGGUGGUGGGCACACAUGCAUGGGUGGUGGGGCACACAUGCAUGGGUGGUGGGGCACACAUACAUGGGUGGUGGGGCACACAUGCAUGGGUGGUGGGGCACACAUGCAUGGGUGGUGGGCACACAUGCAUGGGUGGUGGGGCACACAUGCAUGGGUGGUGGGCACACAUGCAUGGGUGGUGGGCACACAUGCAUGGGUGGUGGGGCACACAUGCAUGGGUGGUGGGCACACAUGCAUGGGUGGUGGGGCACACAUGCAUGGGUGGUGGGCACACAUGCAUGGGUGGUGGGGCACACAUGCAUGGGUGGUGGGGCACACAUGCAUGGGUGGUGGGGCACACAUACAUGGGUGGUGGGGCACACAUGCAUGGGUGGUGGGGCACACAUGCAUGGGUGGUGGGCACACAUGCAUGGGUGGUGGGGCACACAUGCAUGGGUGGUGGGCACACAUGCAUGGGUGGUGGGCACACAUGCAUGGGUGUGGGGCACACAUGCAUGGGUGGUGGGCACACAUGCAUGGGUAGUGGGGCACACAUGCAUGGGUGGUGGGCACACAUGCAUGGGUGGUGGGCACACAUGCAUGGGUGGUGGGGCACACAUGCAUGGGUGGUGGGGCACACAUGCAUGGGUGGUGGGGCACACAUGCAUGGGUGGUGGGCACACAUGCAUGGGUGGUGGGCACACAUGCAUGGGUGGUGGGCACACAUGCAUGGGUGGGGGGCACACAUGCAUGGGUGGUGGGCACACAUGCAUGGGUGGUGGGGCACACAUGCAUGGGUGGUGGGCACACAUGCAUGGGUGGUGGGCACACAUGCAUGGGUGGUGGGCACACAUGCAUGGGUGGUGGGGCACACAUGCAUGGGUGGUGGGCACACAUGCAUGGGUGGUGGGCACACAUGCAUGGGUAGUGGGGCACACAUGCAUGGGUGGUGGGGCACACAUGCAUGGGUGGUGGGGCACACAUGCAUGGGUGGUGGGGCACACAUGCAUGGGUGGUGGGGCACACAUGCAUGGGUGGUGGGGCACACAUGCAUGGGUGGUGGGCACACAUGCAUGGGUGGUGGGCACACAUGCAUGGGUGGUGGGCACACAUGCAUGGGUGGGGGGCACACAUGCAUGGGUGGUGGGCACACAUGCAUGGGUGGUGGGGCACACAUGCAUGGGUGGUGGGCACACAUGCAUGGGUGGUGGGCACACAUGCAUGGGUGGUGGGCACACAUGCAUGGGUGGUGGGGCACACAUGCAUGGGUGGUACGUGGUGCGAGCCAAGGCGGGCGGGCGGCAGGCAACGAGGGACGGAGCGGGCAGAGCGCCGCAGUCAGCGGGGGCCAGUCUGAGGCGCUACAACGAGGCGGCUCUUGUCAAGGACAUCCGAGCCCUGCUGCAGCACUGGCAGCCCUACCUGGCGCGCGCACAGUUCAUCUUCGUACACGCCACCGCACUCAACCGCGCUGCACUCUUCGGCACCGCGGCAGAGGCUCACGCUAGUCGGGGCACAGGGGGGGCUGUGGCGGGGCUGCUGGCGGCGCGCGACCCGCGCGUGCGGCGCGUGCCCUUCCCCGUGCGCCGCCCCACCGUCAAGGAGGCGUUGCGCGUGGCGCACUCCCUGGCACACGUGCACGUGCUGGGGGGGGCGCAGGGGGAAGAGGGCGGGGCGGCGGGAGUGGAGUGUGGGGAAGGGGAAUCGGGUGCUGUGGGUGGCGGCAAGGGGGUGGCGGCAGUGAGGGCGCGGGAAGAAAGGGCAGAGCAAAGGGAGGCGGUGCAGGGAGAAGACAGGGGGCUGGAAGACGGGAUGCAGGACACAGGAAGAGACGGAGAUGGGCAUGUGGAGUUGCAGGGAGAUGGGGAAGGGCAGGAGAGAGGAGAGGCGAGUGGGGCCAGUGGAGGGGAGGUGGAGGAGAAGGAGGCAGCGGGGCAAGGAUGGGUGAGAACGGCACUCCAUGUGGCAGCUGCUGCAGGCAACCACGCGGAGGUGGCUCGCCUGCUGCAGCAGGGCAGUGACCCCACGGGGCGGGACGGCAGGGGGCGAGUGGCGUACGUGGUGGCGGCCAACAAGGCCACGCGGGACGCCUUCCGCCGCCACAUGGCAGCCCACCCGCAGCAGUGGGACUGGCACGCCGCUGCUGUGCCCAGCGCCCUCACUGAAGAGCUCCAGGCCUCCCAGGCCGCCCGCCAGGUGGGGGGGGGAAUGGUGGCGGAGAGGAAUGAGAGCAGAGCAGCGCGGUGGCACAACCAUUCUCAUGUGAACUCCUCCCCCCUGAUGCCUCAUGCCUGUUUCCCUUCCUUCCGCCAUCCUCAUCCGUGCACCUCUCUCCCGUCCUUGCAACGCAUCUCUGUGUGUGCAACCGUGCCUCGCCCCUCACCCCUCCCCCCACCAACCCCGUGCCCCGAGCAGCAGCAAGCCCUCCACCAGAGCGCGCCACCAGCGCCAUCGUCGACACGCGCAUCGCCUGCAGAGACUGUAAGGCGCAUGCCUCCAUGCUGCCUUCCUCUCCCUCUCUGCGUGCUUCCUUUCGCCCUCCAUGUGCUGCACUGCACGUGCCUCCGGUCACUGUGUCGCCUUGAGUCUAACCACUGCCUGCUCAAGCCUCCUGCAGCCACUCAUGCAAAUGCUGACGAUUUUGUUCCGUGGCUUGGUGACGCGCCUGCACGCAUGUACCGUAUCUGUGCUGUGCUGUGUGGUGUGCAGGAGGAGCAGAGGAGGGCGAGGGAGAGGGAGGAGAGGGCAGCAGCGGCGGAGAGGCGUGUGCAGCAGCUGGCCGGGGGCACCGCUGCGCCUACCACCGCCCACCAUGCCUCCCCCGCCAGCACUGCUGCAGGCAGCUGCUGCGACUCGUGUGGAGCAUCGCUGGCGGGCAGGACGCCCUUCUCCCGCCUCGCCUUCAACUACUGCACCACUGCAUGCGUGCGCGCUCACAAGACCGUCCUUGACGCCCUGUAG